AUGGUAUCGACUCCAGAACUCAAGAAAUAUAUGGACAAGACAGUAUACCUGCAACUCAAUGGUUCAAGGAAACUCGUAGGUGUCCUGAGAGGCUACGAUAUUUUCCUGAAUCUGGUCCUAGACGAUGCUGUUGAGAUUCGCAAAGACGGUAGUAAAACACCCAUGGGCUCUCAAUCCGUGGUCCGUGGCAACUCUAUAGUGUCGGUAGAGGCACUCGACGCAUUUGCAUAG